AUGGGUUUCAGCAAAACCGCCCUGUCUGUCGUCCUUCUAUCUCUACUUGCCAUUUCGCAAGUCGCCUGCCAGAAACCCAACAACAACAGCGCCAAGUACAAGUUCCCGCCCAAGAUUGCAGGCGCAGUAGAGGCGGUUCUUCUGGGCGUCAAUAUCGUCAACCAGACCGGCCAAGUUACCGGCGACGUCAGCUCUGCUGGACGCGUCAGCCUCGCCCUCAUCAAAACCAACACCUCUACUUUCGACAUCCGUUACAAUGUAACCAUCCAGGUUUCUUCCCCAGAGAUCCCAACCACGGUUACCAUCAACAGCGGGGCCGCCAAGACCUCAGGCGCUGUCGUGCUCGAACUCUCACCUUCUGCCACGUGGAUUAACGUCACUGGUACCGUGGGAGCCAUCGCGACAGGGAACGCCUGGGGGCAGGGUGCAAGGAGGUCCGGGAUCGGCGCCAAGCCUGCUUCCGUGCCUGUCUACACCUACAGCUUCAAUGGCACGUGGCAGAACGUGAGUGGUCUGACAACAGCCAAUGGAAAGAGCUACAAGGCAGUGUUCGAGGCUUCUGCCAAGCCUAAGAACUUCUAUUCUGUUGUUUCCUCUGCUAGCCUGUCUGCGGGGUCUGCCCGAGGGCAGUUUGCCAAGGUUCCCCUGGGCUGGGGUAGUGCUGCAGCGGGGUGGCCCACACAUCGUCCUCGAUCAGCUCCGCCACCUGCCACCCUUCCCUCCCCAUUCACCGCAAUGCCUCCCCAGUCACCCUCCACCCGCCCCCUCAUCGCACAUCCGCCCCCUCAUCGCACAUCCGCCCCCUCAUCGCACAUCCGCCCCCUCAUCGCACAUCCGCCCCCUCAUCGCACAUCCGCCCCCUCAUCGCACAUCCGCCCCCUCAUCGCACAUCCGCCCCCUCAUCGCACAUCCGCCCCCUCAUCGCACAUCCGCCCCCUCAUCGCACAUCCGCCCCCUCAUCGCACAUCCGCCCCCUCAUCGCACAUCGGCCCCCUCAUCGCACAUCCGCCCCCUCAUCGCACAUCCGCCCCCUCAUCGCACAUCCGCCCCCUCAUCGCACAUCCGCCCCCUCAUCGCACAUCCGCCCCCUCAUCGCACCUGCAGGUAGUGAUUCAGCGCGUUGACCCACACAUCGUCCUUGAUCAGCUCUGCCACCUGCCACAGCGGAGGAGAGGCACAGCGGAGGAGAGGCACAGCGGAGGAGAGGCACAGCGGAGAAGAGGCACAGCGGAGAAGAGGCACAGCGGAGGAGAGGCACAGCGGAGAAGAGGCACAGCGGAGAAGAGGCACAGCGGAGAAGAGGCACAGCGGAGAAGAGGCACAGCGGGGAAGAGGCACAGCGGAGAAGAGGCACAGCGGAGGAGAGGCACAGCGGAGGAGAGGCACAGCGGCACAUUCGUGUGGAAGAGACAGGGAGGCAGAGAGGCAGAGGGGCAGAGCGGCAGAGCGACAGAGCGGAGCGGCACAGAGCAGUGA